CCUGUGCACAUUGCCGCGAGAAUGGGUAAAAUUGGUGUCAUAAAAAUAUUCUUGAAUGCUACAGAGCAAAUUUCAAGGACUAAAGAUAAUGAAGAUAAUACACCUCUGCACAAUGCUGUUCGGAAUCAUAACCGCAAGCUGGCUUUCAUGCUGAUAAAUAAAGAUCCUGAACCAAUUCAGUAUCUUAAUAAAGCUAAUCAGUCUCCUCUCUCUAUUGCCAUUGACGCACAAGUAACUCAUAUUGCAUGCCUUAUGAUAAAUAAAAAUCCAUCUUCCCAUGGCCAUAGAGGAACCGACGGAUUGACCCUUCUUCACAGAGCUGUCAUAAAUCAAGAUUAUGUUGUCAUGGUCGAGAUACUGCAAGCGAAAAAGGAACUUAUCAAUGAGCUGGAUGCACAUAAUAGGAAUCCUCUUCACUUCGCCGCAGCCAUAGGUAAUUCUAAGAUGGUACGACACUUAGCAAAUGAAGAUGACUCACUUGUAUAUCAAGGUGACCGUGAUGGUCUAACGCCGAUUCACUUGGCUGCUAAGAAUGGCCAGAUUGUUGUGCUUAAAAUGCUCAUCGAAUUUUAUCCAGAUGUAUUUGAGUUGCUUGAAAAUAAAAAACGUAAUAUCCUCCAUGUUGCUGCUGAAAAUGGGCAAGCGGAUAUUGUCAAAUAUAUUCUUGCAUUGCCUGAGUUGGAAGAUUUGAUCAACUCGCCUGAUGCGGAUGGGAAUACCCCUUUACAUCUAGCUGCCAUAAAAUUCCGUAACUAUGUGAUUUAUAUCCUCUCAACAAGUCCGAGGGUGAACAUCAGUGGAACCAACAAUGGAAAAAAGACUGCUCUGGAAAUUGCUCAGUCAUCUGGGGAUCAUGGAGAUAUGUCAAAGGCCUUCAUGAGUAGUUUUCAUCUAAGGAAGUCUGUGGUGGCGCAGGAGAAGAGGAUGUAAGAUGUGUCCAAG